AUGUUACAGAUCUGUCCAAAUCCAUGUAAACGAAAACCAUGUCAUUAUACUGAACAUGCAGUUAGAGGAUCAUGUAAACGUCUUGGAUAUCACAGAGAUGAUUAUGAAUGCUUAUGUGAAUCAGGAUUUGAAUGGAAAAAAGAUUCACUGACCUGUGCACUAAGUGAUACAUGCAGUUCGUUAUGUAAUCCUGACACAACUGAAUUCUGUUUUCUUAACAGAACAUCAGGUGCAGCUAUAUGCAGUUGUAAAACUGGUUAUAUGGGUUAUGACUGCGGUCAACCGUUUGAUGCAUGCGUAACUGGUACUACAUACAAAGUGAAUCCGUUAGAUGCUGGUCCUCAUAUUCCAUCUGGAUAUGAAGCAUGUGGAGUUAUGUUAAGUCCAUAUAAUGAAUGUAAUCCAAUGAAUCAUAUGCAUACAUUUAAUUGUACUUGUGGUCCAGGAUAUACGAGAGAUUUAUCUCUGUGGUAUGAUAACUGUUUAAAACCAAAAGACAUAUGUGAUGCUCAUUUAUGCAUAUAUGGGGAGUGCGUCAGGUCAAAAGAUCUCACUAAAAUUGUCUGUGACUGUGAAGAAGGAUAUACUGGGGAAAAAUGUGAUAUACCGAAAGGUGUGUGGUCAGUUUGGUCAGAAUGGACUGUUUGUGAACCAGAAUGCAGUGCAGUUAGAUAUCGUAGACGAUUACGGAUUUGUUUGUCUGAACACGAGGAAGACUGUGUUGGCGAGGUGGAACAGGUACGAUCAUGUGGUAAAGACUUAAACUGUACACAUGGUAUAUCAGUUGAAGAAAUGACAUGGAGAGAUUUUACUCAAUGGACCGAGAAAGUAAUGCUAUACACCUUAAUUUAUAUUGGAUGUGUAGCUAUAUUAAUAACUGCAAUUGGCAUAUUCAGACGUCAUUACCCAGAUCCACAUAGUACAUUUUCCCGUGUGCCAAGUUUAGUAUAUAUUUCAUCAGAGAAGUAA